AGAGAGGGGAGAGAGAGAGAGAGAGAGAGAGAGAGAGAGCAUAGGAAAUGGCGAAGAGGCAAGAAGCUCUCUUCUUCUGAUUGUCCCUUCAGAAAUUGCUAGAUUUGAUUCUCUCUUAGUCUUUCACUUUCUUUGAUUCUUAGAUCUGAAAACCCUCAAAAACCCUCGAUGAUUAAGUAAACGGGAAAUCUCCGCCAUCUAAAAGAAACAUGAGCCACUUGACUGUUGUAACUGGAGAUGCUUUUGCUACUUUGCUUGAACUUGCUGCAAAUAACGAUAUUGAGGGGUUCAGCCAAUUGAUUGGGUCUGACCCUUCUGGUUUAGAUGAGGUUGGAUUGUGGUAUGGCCGCCAAAAGGGUUCGAAACAAAUGGUUCUUGAGCACAGGACUCCAUUGAUGGUGGCUGCUAUGUAUGGAAGUGUUGAUGUUUUGAAGUUGAUUCUUUCUCAAUCGAAAGCUGAUGUGAACCGAUCGUGUGGUGUUGAUAAGACCACUGCUCUUCAUUGCGCUGCAUCUGGCGGAUCGUUGAAUGCCGUUGAGAUCAUUAAACUGCUUUUACUGGCCGGUGCUGAUCCAAAUUUGAUCGAUGUUAACGGGCUUAGGCCGGUGGAUGUGAUUGUGGUCUCUCCAAAGUUCCCAGAUAAGAAAAAGACCCUCGAAGAACUUCUUGGAGUCGAUGGUGAAUCUUCCCUUUUGGAUUCGAAUCUCCGAUCGCCUUCGCCUGAAAAUGGUUCCCCGGUGUCGGAAUCCGAUUUGGUUUCUUCUCCAAAGAUUUCAACUUUCAGUGACAACAAGAGAGAAUACCCUGUUGAUCCAUCUUUGCCCGAUAUCAAGAACAGUAUCUACUCGACCGAUGAGUUCCGGAUGUACUCCUUUAAGGUCCGCCCGUGUUCACGGGCUUACUCUCAUGAUUGGACUGAAUGCCCGUUCGUUCAUCCGGGCGAAAACGCUCGUAGACGGGACCCGAGAAAGUACCAUUAUAGCUGUGUCCCAUGUCCUGAUUUCCGAAAAGGGACGUGUCGAAGAGGUGAUAUGUGUGAGUACGCUCACGGGGUUUUCGAAUGUUGGCUGCAUCCGGCUCAAUACCGGACUCGGCUCUGUAAAGACGGAACAAGUUGCAAUCGAAGAGUCUGUUUCUUUGCUCACACACAAGACGAGCUUCGCCCUUUAUUUGUAUCCACCGGCUCCGCGGUUCCGUCUCCACGGUCAACGAAUUCUGGUCCAAACGCAUUAGAUUUUGCUGCAGCCAUGAGCCUGAUGCCGGGCUCGCUUUCGUCUUUCACCCCACCCAUGUCUCCAUCGGCUAACGGCAUGUCGAACAUGAACUGGCCACAGCCAAAUGUGCCGUCAUUGCACUUGCCAGGAAGCAAUCUUCAGUCGAGCCGAUUAAGAUCGUCUCUUAAUGCUAGAGAUAUAUCUGAUCAAGAUUUGAAUCUUCAGCUUUUUAACGAGUUAUCUAGGCAACAAAGAGCUGCUCAUAAUCAAUCGAUUCUAACUCCUACAAAACUGGAUGACAUUUUUGCAGCCGAGAGCUCGUCUCCAAGAUUUUCUGAUCAAUCUGUUUAUUCGCCGAGACACAAUUCGUCUGUUUUCAACCAGUUUCAGCAGCAGCAAAGUAUGUUAUCACCGAUCAACACAAAUUUCUCGCCAAAAAAUGCAUCUUUUGCGGUUCAAUCACCUGGGAGGAUGUCUCCUAGAAGCGUGGAGCCCAUUUCACCCAUGAGUUCAAGAGUUUCUAUGCUGGCUCGUGAGAACCAGCAUCAGCAACAGUUUAGGAGCCUGAGCUCACGUGAACUUGGAUCAAGAUCUGGUGCUAUCUUGGGCUCGGCGGUUGACCCCUGGUCGAAAUGGGGUCCAACAGGUGAGAAAGCUGAUUGGGGGGUUAAUGCUGAUGACUUUGGGAAGCUUAGGAGGUCAUCGUCGUUUGAGAAUGGUGGGAAUAACGGGGAGGAGCCUGAUCUGUCAUGGGUUCAAUCUCUUGUGAAAGAAACACCCCAAGAAAUGAAGGAAAAGCUGGCGGCUUUUGGUGGUUCCGGUGGUGAAGGCAGCGGCAAUGGUGGCGGCAGCGGCUCUAAUUCAAACACCCAAAUUGAACAGAUGGAUCAAUCUGCACUAAGCGCAUGGAUUGAGCAAAUGCAACUGGAUCAUCUUGUAGCUCAACAGAAUUGAAAUCUUGAAAGGAGGUAAAUAACAAGUUUUGAUUUUUGGGCUGGCAACAAAAAGGAGGAACAUAACAAGUUUUUCUCCAAAAAACUUGAUUAUUUUUAAUUUAAUUAAUACAAGCAGAAAUUAGAAAAAAACUUAGAAGAAGAAAUCUUGAAAGACCAUCUGGGUGUGCUUUUAAAUGGUAACCCAGUUUAGGAAAUUUUCUAAAAAAACCACCAAUAUUAAUUUUAAUAUUUAUUAACAGUAAAUUUCCCCCCUUUCCUUUUUUCUUGAGGUGCAGAUCUCAAGGGUUUUGGUCUGUUAUUUUAACCCCUUUUGUUGGGUGAAGUAGAGAUUAAAAGGUGGAGGUGAGGAUUUAUGAUAACUGAUGUAGCAAUGAUUUGAAUUAAUAUUAUCCCUUUCAAUUAUUAUUA